GAAAGCAGGAAGUGAAGGCUGAGGCAGGGGGUACACAUAGCGAAGGAGAAUCUCCGGGCUCGGCUGAUGGCUGUCCUUUGGUGCCGGAGGUAGGUUCGCUAAGUCUCGCGGUGCGGACCUCUCUUAGGGUGAGCUCACUGACGGGCAAAGCCCAGGAAGUUGUUGUCUUCCUAUGGUCGCCAGAGGAGCUUAGGCUGUUCGCUGCUGAAGGACGUGUCAGACUCAUCAGACAUGGCCGACUCCGGGGCUCCCCCUGACGGCGACUGUUUGGACUCUUACCGCUGGCAGCGGCGUAGCCGGCCAUGGGCGCAACAUCGAUCGAUCUCCACCCCCGAUCAAGCGCUGGACAGUUACAAGUGGAGGACCCCCCCCAGGGUAGCCUUGAAGGUGCCUAAGUUGAAGGAGUGGGACUCGACUCACAGCGCCAGGGCAUUGAGCCUUCAUCGAAGGGGUGACAGCACCAGUGUUCUGAUGGACAGGCCAUUCCCACUCCGCACCCUCGUCCCCUUCCACAGGUCUGUCUCAGAGCCUGGGGGCACCCCCAUCACCCAGAAGCUGAAACUGAGACAGGUGUGCUCUGACUCUCAGCAGGGAAUCGUGGGACAGGUGGGCUUGGACACUGAGCAGGGCAUUGUGGGACUGAUGGACACGAAGACUGAACCGAACCUUGUGGGACAGGUGGGCUCGUACACUGAGCAGGACAUUGUAGGACACGUGCAUUCUGGGUCUCCGCACGGCAUUGUGGGACCGGUGUGUCCAGGCUCUGAGCGGAGGCCGUCCAUUCAGGACCUAUUCUCUUCCAUGUCCAAGAGGGUGAACCGUAUUCUGAGGCCCAAGGAAGACUCUGGUGCUGAAGCCAGAGCUGACGAUGUGAAGGGGCCUUCCACCCAUCGGCUCUCCUGCGGGCAGUCCCCGUACGUAGACCACAGCAUGUGGGACAGGAAGUACUGCAUUCUGACCGACAGCCAGCUCAUCCUGCUCAACAAAGAGGAAGAGUCACAGGUGCCAGUGGAGGUCACUCAUGAGAGCCCCACGGAGUCUUCCAAGGGCAGGAGUCUCCGCCGGACCGUCAGCGUGCCGUCCGAGGGCCAGUUCCCCGACUUCCAGACAGAUGGCGCCACCAAGCUGGAAGUGUCGGCCGACAGGUCUCCCAGGAGGAGGAGCAUCUCAGGACUGGGGAGUACAGAGAAGAACAUGUCUGUGGACGGACCAAACUCCUCCCCCUUCAAAGUGCCGGGCUUCUUCAGCAAGCGGCUGAAGGGAUCCAUCAAGAGGACGAAGAGCCAGACCAAACUGGACCGCAACACCAGCUUCCGGCUGCCCUCCCUGCGAUCCACCGACAGCGACAGGGCUCGAGGUCUACCCAAGCUGAAGGAGUCGCGCUCCCAUGAGUCUCUGCUCAGUCCUGGCAGUGCGGUUGAGGCGCUGGACCUAGGCAUGGAGGAAGACAUCUUUGUCAAACCCCUGCACAGCAGCAUUCUGGGACAGGAGUUCUGCUUCGAGGUGACGUACUCUGGUGGCAGCAAAUGCUUCAGCUGUUCCUCAUCAGCCGAGAGGGACAAAUGGAUGGAGAAUCUGAAGAGGACAGUGCAGCCCAAUAAGGAUAACUGCCGGCGGUCGGAGAACGUGCUGCGGCUGUGGAUCAUCGAGGCCAAGGACCUGCCGCCCAAGAAGCGCUACUUCUGCGAGCUGUGCCUGGACGACGUGCUGUACGCCCGCACCACCAGCAAGACCAAGCUGGACGGGCUCUUCUGGGGCGAGCACUUCGAGUUCGGCGGCCUGCCGCCCGUGCGCAGCGUCACCGUGCACAUCUACAAGGACGUGGACAAGAAGAAGAAGAAGGACAAGAACAACUACGUGGGCCUGGUCAACAUCCCCAUGGCCUCCGUCACCGGCCGCCAGUUCGUGGAGAAGUGGUACCCCGUGAGCACCCCCACCCCCAGCAAGGGCAAGGCCGGCGGGCCCUCCAUCCGCAUCAAGUGCCGCUUCCAGACCAUCUCCAUCCUGCCCAUGGAGCAGUACAAGGAGUUCGCCGAGUUCAUCACCAACAACUACACCAUGCUCUGCUCCGUGUUGGAGCCCGUCAUCAGCGUCAAGAACAAGGAGGAGAUGGCCUGCGCGCUGGUGCACAUACUGCAGAGCACGGGCAGGGCGAAGGACUUUCUGACGGACCUGGUGAUGUCAGAGGUGGACAGAUGCGCAGACCAUGAUGUCCUGAUCUUCAGAGAGAACACGCUGGCCACCAAAGCCAUCGAGGAGUACCUGAAGCUGGUGGGACAGAAGUACCUCCAUGAUGCACUGGGAGAGUUUAUCAGAGCUCUGUAUGAGUCUGAUGAGAACUGUGAAGUGGACCCCAGCAAGUGCUCCAGCAGCGAGCUGGCUGAGCAUCAGAGCAACCUGAAGAUGUGCUGCGAGUUGGCCUUCUGCAAGAUCAUCAACUCCUACUGCGUGUUUCCGCGGGAGCUGAAGGAGGUGUUCUCUGCCUGGAAGCAGCAGUGCUUGUCCCGGGGGAAGCAGGACAUCAGCACGCGUCUGAUCAGCGCCUCGCUGUUCCUGCGCUUCCUGUGUCCCGCCAUCAUGUCCCCCUCGCUCUUCAGCCUCAUGCAGGAGUACCCCGACGACCGCACCUCCCGCACCCUCACGCUCAUCGCCAAGGUCAUCCAGAACCUGGCCAACUUCGCCAAGUUUGGUAAUAAGGAGGAGUACAUGGCGUUUAUGAACGAUUUCCUGGAGCACGAGUGGGCGGGCAUGAAGCGCUUCCUGAUGGAGAUCUCCAACCCAGACACCAUCUCCAACACGCCGGGCUUCGAGGGCUACAUCGACCUGGGCCGCGAGCUGUCCGUCCUGCACGCGCUCCUGUGGGACGUGGUGUCCCAGAUGGAUAAGGGUGAAAAUUCCUUCCUGCAGGCAACAGCGGCCAAGCUGGGCCCUCUGCCCCGUAUCCUGGGCGACAUCGCCCGCUCGCUGUCCAGCCCCACCCCCCUCCAGCAGCAGCUCCGCCUUUUUCAGGACCACAGCUCCGCCCCCAACAUUAGCGGCAGCGUCUCCUCCGGGCUGCAGAGGAUAUUCGAGGACCCGGCCGACAGUGAAGUGCGCAGUAUGAAGACUCCGGUGCAGGAGAGGGACGGAUUUUUCCGGAAGGCUCCCCUCCUGGGCCAGCAGCCGUCCACGCAGAGCAUGAGUUUCUCCGACAAGGAGGAGCGCGACUCCGUGCUGCCGAACGGCCGCAGCGUGUCGCUCAUGGACCUGCAGGAGUCGCACGCGCCCCCCCCCGAACGCGCGCCCCUCAGCCAGGCCCCGCCCAGGCUCGGCCGCACCGGCUCGCAGGUCUCCAUCGGGGGCCCCGCCCCCCACCACCACCCCGCCCCCAGGCCCUCCCUGAGGGACAGCCUGCCCCAGAGCGCCCCCCAGACGCGGCGGCCGCUGCCCCCCGCCCUGCAGCCGCUGUCCUUCCAGAACCCCGUGUACCACCUGAGUAACCCGGGCAACCCGGGGGUGGAGUCCAGCUCGGAGAACCUGAGCACGGAGAGCUCCCACUGUAGCACGCACAGCGAGGACUGUGCCACGCCCCGUCGGCACCCUGCCACGCCCAGACAGGGUGCCGCCCACAUCGUCAGCACCCCGCGCUCCCUCCCCAUCAGUGUCGACUCCGCCCACCACGCUAGCGUCCGCCCUCAUGCUGACCCCGCCCACCAUGUCGCCGCUCGCCAGCAUCCGCAGAACCUGUCUGCCAGAGAGAGCCCCGUACCCAGAGCCAGAAUACACAAGCAACAGGCACCGCAGGCACAACAGGUGCAGUCGCCGGUGGAGUCUGUCUCUAUGUCCCCUGUAGAGAGGACUGCUGCCUGGGUGCUCAACAAUGGACAGUAUGAGGAGGAGGAGGCUGAGGCUCGAGAGAACAGCAAGCACGCAGAGAAGUACGAGCAGGAGAUCACGCAGCUGAAGGAUCGCCUCCUGGUUUCGGGGCGGAGGCUGGAGGAGUGCGAGCAGCGCCUGCUGGCCCAGGAGCAGCAGAUGCAGAAGCUGCUCCUGGAGUACAAGGUCCGGCUGGAGGACAGCGAGGACCGACUGCGCAGGCAGCAGGACGAGAAGGACAGCCAGAUGAAGAGCAUCAUCUGCAGGUUGAUGGCAGUGGAGGAGGAGCUGAAGAGGGACCAUGCAGAGAUGCAGGCCGUGAUCGAUGCCAAGCAGAAGAUUAUCGAUGCGCAGGAGAAGAGGAUCAGCUCCCUGGAUGCUGCAAACUCGCGGCUCAUGAGCGCCCUCACGCAGGUGAAGGAGCGCUAUAGCAUGCAGAACCUGCGCAACGGCCUCUCGCCCACCAACCCCACCAAGCUGUCCAUCACCGAGAACGGGGAGUUCAAGAACAGCAGCUGCUGAUCCAACCCGCGCGCCCACCACUGACCCGGGCCUGGGUGUACAUGUAUAUAUCAGUGUCCACCUGUGCCCCUGGCUGUACAUGUAUAUAUCAAUAUCUGUGACCGCUCUUGUACAGAGAUGUAAGAUACUGCCAUGGAGGAGUGCGGGGAGAAGGGGCGGAGCUUGUUAGAUAUUUUAAUGAGUUAGUGAGUUUUGUGUUUUAUAAAUAAUAUUGUUCUCCUGACCAGAUCUAGUGAAAGCAGAGUUUUAAGAGAUUUUUAAGUAUUGUGUAAUUUAGAGAUGAUUUAGCAGGGUGUAUAUAUGAAGAGAAAUUUGUUUUGACAAAAAAAGAAUAAGCACAUAGGAAAUGGAUUGAGCGGUUGGGGAAAGAGAGAAUUAUCACUGACAGAAAAGAAAAGGACAUAAUGAGUCAGAUACUUUUAUGCACUCCGUUUGCCUAACCCAACCUUUUUUUAAUCUUUUAUUUUGUGCUUUUUCCUUGACAAUGUGUUGUAUUCCUUUUGAUAAGAUUGAAAUGCUUUUAUUAAACCUGGAUAACUGGUCCACUCUCCGUGUGGGCGCAGCAACACCCACAAUGCCCUACUGUUCAGGGUCACAUGACCUGGGUCAGCCGGCUCCAGCAUGUGUGCGUUUAUUUAUUCAGUUAGUCAGGACUGUGGGGUCCAUGUCUUAUAACCCCACUGACUGUGUGCGGUUUCCAGUUUCUUAUAAAUGACUACUGUUAAAACUGUU